AUGAAAUCUCAGCAAUUUGGCGUCCUCCUCUUCGUCUACCGAUUACGACUUGCUUCACUCCUCCGAUCCUGGGUUGGGCAGGACUCACUAGACUUUCUCAUCGACCUCUGUGGCUUUCACGAGCCCAAUUUCGUCUUCGGGCUUUUCGCCAGACGGAGGCAAACUGGGCCUGUCUUUGCCACCAGGCUGAGAGGAGGCCUGACCAUACCAAACCAUCCCAACUAUGGCAAACAUCAUGCCCACAACAACAUGGGCAUUAAGACCUUCUUUACCGAAGAAAAGAAAACCGAGCGUCAGGACAAGAAUGGUCUUCAUGUGACCCAACACUUGAAACGAGACAGCUGUGAAUCGGCCUAUGCAGAUGAACUGGCUAAGUUGAUAUGUAGGUGUAGUUAUAGGCAUCGACCCGUUUAUCGGUCAACCAGUAGUCAACAAAGGGCCCUGCCAAAAGUAACGAUGCAGCUUGAGGAGGUGCUGUCUGCCCGAGUAGAUUGA